CUUCUGAUUGGAACGCGCACAAUAUUUUGUUGGCUUUUGCGCCAACAAAAAUCAUUCUGCGAUCUUUGUGGCUAAAAAAAAAAACAUAAAAUAAAAUUCAAUCUGCGACCUGUUUCGAAAGUGAUAAAGAGGAAAAGGGUUUUGAUUGUUGAGUGGAAUUAAAUUAGGGAGAAGUAGAAGAAGAAAGACAAAGAAGAAGAAGAAGAAAGAGGGAAAAAUGGCGUUGAAAUUCUUGAACAAGAAGGGAUGGCAUACGGGCAGCCUUAGAAACAUCGAGAAUGUCUGGAAGGCGGAGCAGAAACACGAUGCCGAACAGAAGAAGUUGGAGGAGCUCCGCAAACAGAUUCAGGAGGAGAGAGAGCGCUCCGAGUUUCGUCUUCUCCAGGAACAAGCCGGCCUUGUACCUAAGCAGGAGAGAUUGGAAUUCCUGUAUGAGUCGGGAUUAGCAGUUGGGAAGGGUGGAGCUUCCGAGGGUUUCAAAGCCUUAGAAGCUUUUCCCAAGAAUGACGAUGCACCUUCUACCUCUUCAGCCUCCGCUUCCAUGCAACAAUCUUCGGUACCGGGAGCUUUAUUCGAAGACAAACCCCAAUCUGCCAAUGAUUCUUGGAGGAAACUACACUCGGAUCCUUUGCUUAUGAUUCGUCAGCGCGAGCAGGAAGCUCUGUCCCGCAUCAAGAACAACCCUGUUCAGAUGGCCAUCAUUCGCAAAUCUGUUGACGAAAAGAAGCACAAGGGAAAGUCUCAUGAUAAAAAGGAACAUCGAAAGAAGCAUCAUCAUAGUAGCUCGAAGCAUGAGAGACAUUCAUCAUCCCACACAAUUGAAGUGGAAAGGAGGAAGCCUGAUCAUCGAAAGGGCUCAAAUUAUGAUAAGCAUUCAGAUUCAGAAGAUGAAUCUCAUAAGAAGAGGAGUCGGGGUGAGAGAAACAGCUAUCGAGACUUGAAAUACAGAGAGCGGUCACCUGGUGGACAAUCAGAUCCUGAAACUGUAAAAAGUGGCAGACAAGAUGCUGUCAAGAGAAGUCAUGAGAGGUCAGAGCAGGGAAAGUGUCCUUUGGAGCAGGGAAGGUAUACUGUAGAAAGUCAACGUGAAUCGCAUCAUAAGCGUCGUUACGUUGCUCCUAAACUUUCAGAAGAAGAGCGAGCUGCUAAACUGCGAGAGAUGCAAGAGGAUGCUGAGUUACAUGAAGAGCAGAGGUGGAAACGGUUGAAGAAGGCUGAGGAGGAUGAUGCACGGGAAGCUACCCGAGAUGGCUUGUCCGGUGGCAAAAAUUUCUUACAUGCUGCUCAUAGAAGCGUGUAUGGUGCUGAGAAAGGAGGAAGCUCAACAAUAGAGGAGAGUGUUCGGCGCCGAGCUUAUUACUCACAGGGCAGGUCCUCAGCAAGUGAAGGCAAUGCUUUUAGGCGGUGAUGCUGACGUAGUCUAUUGCCUUCAUUUGUGGCUUUAGGCAAGAAGGAAAUAUGGAACCGUUUGGUGUGUAGUAUUAUUUCUGUAACAAUAUAUUUGUUCAAGUUUAAAUAAAAGAACGCUGUCAAAUUGAUUAAAUAACCAAAAAAAGAAAAAAA